UGUGGUAUGCUAUAAUAUUAAACUGUACUAGCUAAUUGGCUAAAAGAAAAACGUCGUAUUUUCCUGCUAAAUGCCUACAGUCGACAAGCAGCCUUAGUGCGCGAGUGUUACCUUAUCAGACGCGAUAACGUAGUGAAAAAUAUUUCAGUUGUGUAUCGAGAACGCUUGUGGAAAGUUCGUUUCGUGGAUUUUGUGUUCAAAAUGACGAGAAACAAUUUAGAAGUUGGAAUGAGGUGCAUCAAAUAUAUGCUGUUGUGUAUAACGGCCAUAUUUGUGCUAACAUCAGCGCUAAUAAUCUCCGUGGGUACUACCAUCUACGCGAUCUACCACGAUGUGUCCUUCUUCCUGGAAGACAGGUUCUUCUCUCCAGCCAGCUUCGUCAUCGCCAUCGGUAUCAUCAUGCUGUUCGUCUCACUCUUCGGAUGUAUCGGCGCACUGAAGGAGAGCACCUGCUUGGUCAAUAUUUUUGCAGUCAUCCUCAGUCUGGUGUUCGUCCUGGAGAUCGCAGCUGCUAUUGCAGCGUACAGCCUCCGGUCGCAGGUGACAGGUAUGCUGGACGAGAACCUGAGGACCACACUGCCUUACUACUAUUACAACGAGGAAGUCCGAGGGUCUUACGACUUCAUUCAGAGCAGGCUGAGCUGCUGCGGAGUAGACAGCUACGCUGACUGGAGCGUAGUGACCCCUCCACCUGGAGUUUCAACCAUCUCCACCAACAACGUCACCGUCCCCAACUCCUGCUGUGCCGAGGCCCAUUUCGACAUCGUUGACGGCAUUGAGGUCGAUGUCUGCACAAAGGUCUACAGCAACGGCUGCCUUCCCAGAAUGUUCUACUUGAUCUACCAGAGCGCUGGUCUUUUGGGCGCUGGAGCCAUGACCAUAGCUUUCAUUCAGAUUAUUGGCAUUGUGUUUUCGUUCUCACUGGCCAGUUCCAUCCGCAAGGCAAAAUCCGAACGCGAACGCAGACGUUGGGAAAUUCAAGAACGUAUGAUCAACGCGUACACCUCGCUCAACCCCAGCGAUGAGAAAAAAGCACCCGUUGUCUAUGUCCCAUUCCAUGGACAAACUACCGCUUAAGAGGCUGUAGAAGUGUUACCUUGUCCUGAUCCUACAAAUAUUUAAUAAUAAACUUUCUAAAUUUCGCGCCCUAAUUGCGUAAUGCUCUUGAAAUGUUAUUGGACUGUGAUGUGAGUCACUUUGAAAUAUUUUUUAUCUCUAUUUAUAAUAUUUGGCGUUUGGAAUGCACAGUUGUUAUAAAAACACAGUAUUUCAAGUUUACACAAUUAGGACGCAAUAAAUUGUGAUAAGUACUUAAAAGUUUUAUGUGAUAAAGUCGACGUAGUGUAAGCACGAAUAUUUGUAUGUUCAGGAAUUUUGUUAUUGUAGGAAAAAUCACCGUAAUUAAAUAUUUUUCUAUAAGUAGAUGAGCAAGAAAUACGCCAUUAGACAUUCGGCGCGAACGCAUAUCGAUUUGUGAAUAGGAAAAAAAAACGACCUACUUAAAAAGCAGUAGAGAUUUAAGUAAUUUUUCUAAUUAUUAGGUACAUACUAUAACUAUAUCUUCAUAAUUUAAAUUAAUCACACAUUCCAAACAAUAUUAUUAGCUUUUAUAUUAUAGCUACUGAGUACCUAACUAUUGUUAUUUGCCACUAAAACUUAUUUUCCUCCGAACUCCCAUUGUUUGCCAUUUAAUAAAUCUGUACCUACGCUACUUAAUUAUUUUAUAGAGGUUCUAAAUAAUAAUAUAUUUUCACUAUAUUAACUUAAGUAUUAUAAAGAGUAUU